UGAAAAUCCCAAGCAUCGAUGUAAUUUGCUAAUCCACUAUUUUGUUCAAUGUACAGACACUCCCAGCGUAUUAUUGGAAAAAUGCGUGGCCUCCGGCUGAAGUAAGUGCAAAAUCAUAGUGAAGUUCAUACAUCAGUGGCACACGAACCGCAACAAAACACAAAGAAUAUGAGAAUCAUACAUUCUUACAGAGGUUUCAAAAUGGAGUAGAAUAGAUGGUCAUUUAUUGUUGUUCUCCGAAGAAGUAAUGCAACGCUCGGUGAUCUGUUAUCGCGGAACGUAACACUGGACAAUAUUGGUGCAUAUCAUAAUUCAUAUUUAUAGAUUUUCCAUUCAGGCAUGCCGUGUAGAUCGAAUGUUAUUGUGUAGGGAACAUCUUUAGCCUUCUUGGAUGCUGUAUUUAUGUAUGACCUUUGUGAAUCAGGAUACUAUCACUGAACUGAGGUUCAUUUGUCAUCUAAUGAAUGCCUGAUACCAACAAUUAUAGAAAUAUGUUAAUGUUUGGAGGAGAAGACCAUUCGUUCUUUGGCAUUUCAUCUAGGGAAACACUGUAAACCAUCGGGAACAAACGUUUUAUCCUGUGCAGCUGAAAAGGUAUAAACAGAUGAUUUGAUGAACUGGCUUUGGCUUCUUUCCAUAUAUUUGUGUGAUGAAGAGUGGAAUUAAGCCUGUGCGCGCCUGGAGCAUGCACUGGGCGCCAGCUUCAUGUUGGUGAGGGCCGAACUUCACGCUGGAGCGGUGGUCGGAUCGCGGGACGCCGUGGGAACCGUGGCAGGCCUAUGGCUGCUACUUCUGGCGGGGCUGUGGGGACGGGCAUCUGCAGGUGUAUUGCUGGCCCAAUAUCCAGGCCCCGCCGAACCUCAGCUGCGAUUCUCGCAUCUGCAGGUUGACGCGAGGACCGGCCGCGUAUUCGCCGGUGCGACCAACCGACUGAUCCAGCUCAGCGCCGACCUGAAGCUCGAACAGGUCGUCGCCACCGGUCCGAAGAAUGACAGUCCGGCGUGCCAUGCGACCGGCUGCUCCAAUCCGGACACGCAGACGUCCCUCAUGGACAACUACAACAAGAUCUUGCUUAUCGAGCCCGAGUCCGACACGCUCAUAUCGUGCGGCUCGCUGGCUCAGGGCGCUUGCACGCUGUAUCAGCUCAACAACAUCAGCGCCGAGUCCAGGUUUAUACCGACGAGCAUUGCGGCCAACGACGCCAACGCCUCGACGUACGCGUACAUCGGGCCGCAAAGCUACAACAUGUGGGAUAAGUCUAACAUCUUGUACGUUGGGACCACCUUCACCAACAACGGGGAGUACAGACACGACGUACCGGCGAUUGCUAGUCGGAAGCUGAAGAGUCUCGAGAUAGCUGAGUUCUCGUUCAGUAAGCAGUCGCUGCUUAGUAUUGAUGUAAAAUAUAGAGACCACUUUAUAGUGCAGUAUGUAUACGGUUUUAACGCUAGUGAUUACGCGUACUUCGUGAUAGUUCAAAAACAGUCGCAUCUACCGGGUCAGGAAGAACAAGGCUACGUUUCGCGUUUGGCUAGGACUUGUAUAAACGACCCGAACUACGACAGUUACACCGAAGUCACCCUGCAGUGCGUCUACGGUGAUCAAAAAUAUAACCUAGUGCAAGAUGCUAAAAUAACGACGGUCGGUGAAGAGUUAGCUGUAGCUUUAGGUAUCUCCAUUAAAACACCUGUACUUGUGGCUGUAUUCCGCCCAUCGAAAGGCAUCACCAACGAACCCGAAAACCACUCGGCAUUGUGCUUAUACCCUCUAAGAGACAUUGAGGCCAAAUUCAUCGAGAACAUACACAUGUGUUUCAACGGCAGCGUCAAAUAUAGGAACAUGGGCUACGUUUCCGGACCCAUAUUAGAUGGUAAAUGUCCGACAAGCGGCUCAGCGGGCAACAUUCCUAACUUCUGUGAAGUCGGUUUGAAAAUUAGUGGGCUGACUCCAAUUGUAACGACUGCGUCACUAGUUUUCCCUAACACGUCGCUAUCUUCUGUCUCUACCGCCUCCACGGGCCGGCACGUUUUAGCUUUCCUAGGCACCAGCGACGGCAGGCUCAAAAAGGUACUGCUUUCUGUACCCGAAAUGACCGAAUACGAGGAAGUUCUGAUAGACGAUGGCAACGCCAUCCUGCCGGACACCACGCUCUCACCCUCUGGAGACUACCUAUACGUUCUGUCUACGUCCAAGAUUUCUAAAAUCAACGUGGAACACUGCAGUAGUUAUAAUAACUGCUCAGCUUGCUUGGAGUCCAAAGAUCCAUAUUGCGGUUGGUGCUCUUUAGAGAAGAAGUGUACUGUUAGAAGCGCCUGUCAGAAAGCGUCUCACAGCGCCCCCAGAUGGCUGUCAUUGGGUACUGGCCAACAGUGUAUAGAUUUCGAGCAGGUAUUCCCCGAGAGGAUUCCGAUAAAUCAAAUGACGACCGUCCGUUUAACUAUAAGAACCCUCCCCGAACUUCCCUAUGGUGCUAAGUAUAGGUGUGUGUUUGGUUCGGCUGAACCAAUAGAUGCUGACGUAACCGAGUUCGGUUUGUCCUGUCCAACGCCCGACAUUUCGAGACGUCCAGACAUACCGACUAACAAAGACCACGUAUUGGUACCACUGAGCGUUAGGUCCUCGGAAACGAACAAGGAUUUCGUAUCGAGGAAUUUCGCUUACUACGACUGCUCGAAACACGUUAACUGUAAAGACUGCGUUAGCUCCAACUGGGCGUGCAAUUGGUGUGUGUACGAGAACAAGUGCACGCACAACAUUACUAGUUGUCAACGAACCACUUUUAUUAUUAGCGGUGAAAACAACCCAACUCACUUACCAAACCACGGUCUCUCAACUUGUCCCCAGUUUAGAAAACGGGAUGUAAUACUACUUCCAAAUAAUGUUCCUAAGGAAAUGGUUUUCGAGGUGAAAAAUUUGCCUCACCCUCAAGCUGGUCACACUGGUUUCCAGUGCAUUGUUAACAUUGAAGGUGCUAAAAUGCUUGUACCUGCUAGAGUUGAUUCAAAUAAGUUUAUAGUCUGCGACAAAACAACAUACACAUACGAAGCUAAUGAAGGUGAAUACGAAGCUAGUGUUAGGGUCGUUUGGAACAGAAACCACCACAUAGAUUCCAUGAAUAUUAUUUUGUAUAAAUGUGAUAUACUGGGCUCUCACCGAGAACAUGCGGACUGUUCCUUGUGUGUGACAAGGAACUCCAAGUAUCAAUGCACGUGGUGCGGCAACGCGUGUACUUACAGCGAAACCUGUCAACAAAUACCGCACAUUGAAUGUCCCAGGCCCCGAAUCGAUAUGAUCAAACCUUUAAGUGGCCCCAUUGAAGGCGGAACACUUGUAACAAUAGAGGGAAGCAACUUGGGUUUAAAGGAGUCGGACGUUCAAGGCAAGAUCAGAAUAGGCGACGUACCCUGCGAGUUGGUUAAAUACGCUGUGUCUGUGCGGAUACAAUGCAUAACUGGUCCCUCAAAAAUCGAAACUACAGCACCGAUAAUCGUGGGAAAUGAGGCCGGAUACACCGAGUCAUCCGUGGCGUUUAGCUACAAAGACAUCAGGCUGUCCGGAAUUUACCCGUCUACAGGUCCUCAAGCAGGAGGUACUCAAUUAGCGAUAACGGGACAAUAUUUAAACAUCGGAUCUGAAAUAACAGCUUAUUUGGACGAUUAUGUUUGCCAAGUAAACAUAACGCAAGCAUCCAGUGGUAGAUUAACAUGCAUUACAUCAAAGGCACACGGCCCAGCAAAUAUCGCUAAAUUAACAUUAAGUAUAGAUGGCGCCAACAGGACGCUAGAAGGAAAUCCAUUCAAUUACACCCAAGAUCCAACAAUUAUGGAAAUUAAGCCCUUGAACAGCUUUGUUUCUGGAGGCAAAAUGAUCUUUGUGCACGGAACAAAUUUAGAUAACAUACAGAAGCCCGAGAUGGAGGUGUACUCUUACAGCGAACCGAAUAUACCCAUUAAUAAAACCGUUUGCACUGUUUUAAGUGCCACUCAAAUGGAGUGUCCCAGUCCUCCAGUCAACAGGCAAUUCUUGAUGCAAUCCAGAGCUAGCAGGGUGUCCAGGUCACUCAGGAAACCUGCCGCAAUGAAGAUGCCGGAGUCUCCGCAACUUAUAUUAAAAAUAGGAUUCGUGAUGGACAACGUGAGGACGGUCAGAGAUUUAGAAAAACACUUCCCGAAUAUCAGAUCUCAGUUAGUUUAUGUGGAGGACCCCAAGUUCUUUAAGUUCCCCAACCAAGUGAAGCUGUACAAAGGUGACACUUUAGUGAUAGAAGGGGAAAACUUGAACAUGGCCAGCGAUGAGGCUGAUGUUGUUGUGACCAUCGGUACUAAGCCGUGCAAUGUUACUAGCUUAGCGAUGAGUCAGCUGGUUUGUUCACCGCCUGAACAACAACCUGCGGACACUGAUGAAAAAGGUUUUAAGACUGAAACGAAUCUUCCCUUGGUUGUGGUAAGAGUAGGACGAAGUUUAAGGUUUCCUAUAGGAUAUUUGCGAUACGAUAUCUUUAAAACGUUCGCCUUCCCCCCGGAAGCGAUCAUAAUGAUAGCAGCUGGCACUCUGUUGUUCGUGUUCUUCUUCGUGGCCGUCCUGUUCGUUUAUCGAAGGAAGUCCACACAGGCGGAACGCGAAUAUAAAAGAAUCCAAAUACAGAUGGACACGUUGGAAAGUAAUGUUAGAUCCGAGUGCAAAUUAGCUUUUGCUGAGCUUCAAACUGAUAUGACUGAUCUUACAGCUGAUCUAGAAAAUUCAGGUAUCCCCACUUUGGAUCACACGAGCUAUAUCAUGAAGGUAUUCUUUCCUGGGGUUAGUGACCAUCCCAUAUUAAAUGCUCCUAAGCGUUCUAAUGGGCCGAGGACAAACUAUGAUGCAGCAAUGUUGCAAUUUGAACAAUUAAUAAACAAUAAACAUUUUGUAUUGGCAUUUAUAGAAAUAUUAGAAUCUCAGAAAUCGUUUAAUAUUCGAAAUAAGGUAAAUGUAGCGUCGUUAUUAAUGGUAGUUUUAAUGGGAAAAAUGGAAUAUGCAACGGAUAUUCUAAAAAGUUUACUCUUAAGAUUAAUAGAUAAGUCUGUAAAUACAAAACACCCCCAGCUAAUGUUAAGGAGGACGGAAAGUGUCGUAGAAAAGAUGUUGACUAAUUGGAUGGCGUUGUGUAUGUACUACUAUUUAAAAGAGUACGCCGGUUCAUCCCUGUUCUUAUUAUUCAAAGCCAUUAAGCACCAAAUUGAAAAAGGGUUGGUUGAUGCCAUCACCCAUGACGCUAGGUAUUCCCUAUCAGAAGAACGUUUACUUCGUGAAAACGUUGAACAUAGUGUUGUGACUCUGCACAUCGUCCAAGACGAUCUAGAUGAAAAAAUUCAGUGUAAAGUUUUAGACUGUGAUACAAUCAGUCAGGUUAAAUCAAAAAUUUUAGACGCACUUUUCAAGAACACUCCAUUCUCCCUCAGACCUUCCAUUUACGAAGUUGAUCUAGAAUGGAGACAUGGCAGAGGCGGACACCUCACCCUCCAAGACGAAGACCUAACCACUAAAACCCUGGGCGGUUGGAAGAAGUUGAAUACGUUGGCCCACUAUGGAGUGAAGGAGAGUGCAGUCAUGUCCUUGAUAUCAAGACAAAACGACAGCUUCAACAAUUGCAAACAGCCGUGCCACAACUGCGUGACCGGAAUGUACCUAAACAACUCCCAGUCUCCAAUAAUCACAGCCAACGGAGACAUAGAAGCUGGAAAUAACCCGAGAAUUUACCAUUUGAUUAAACCCAUAGACGACCACCAGUUCCCCAACAACAAACUCAUGGAGAGGACCCACAAAGCUAUCCCGGAAAUAUUCUUGACACGACUUCUCUCCACGAAAGGCACCAUACAGAAGUUCGUCGACGAUUUCUUCUUGACCAUCCUGACAGUGAACGACGCUUUGCCACCAGCUGUGAAGUGGUUAUUCGACCUUCUUGAUGACGCAGCCAGAAAACACGGCAUUCAAGACCCCGAAGUCGUACACGCUUGGAAAUCCAACAGUCUUCCUUUGAGAUUCUGGGUAAACUUUAUCAAGAAUCCCGACUUUAUUUUCGACAUAAACAAGACGACCACUUUGGACUCAUGUCUAUCGGUCAUUGCGCAAACUUUCAUGGACUCGUGCUCCACCACUGAGCACAGACUUGGCAAGGACUCACCAUCCAACAAACUUCUUUUUGCAAAGGACAUCCCCCGGUAUAGAGAGAUGGUAUCCCAGUUUUAUCACGACGUUGCGACACUGCCAGUUAUAACGGAUCAGGAAAUGGGCUCAGCAAUGCAGCAGUUGUCGGCUCAGCAAGCCGAAGAGUUCGACACCGUGGCCGCUCUUAAGGAACUCUACAUUUACGUCACCAAGUACCGAGAACCGAUCCUGGACGCACUGAACACGGACCCAAAUUGCCGUCGUCUGCAUCUAGCCCAAAAACUGGACAGUGUGGCGUACACGCUUGGUGGGGAGGACACGUCAGCCUGCUGACCAUUUCAGUCACCUGAUCCCUUGCUGGCUAGAAAUUUUGCGCCCUAAUCCCAGCCCAAUAUGCGCACAUGCUUCAAAACGAAUGUACAUCCGUUUCCGUUACACGUUCACGGUUUCGGUAACGAAGAACAUCAGUCCAAAUUGAAAGCGAAAACUGUCCUGAAGCAAUAAGUGCGGAAUUUGUUGACACUCGCGUCGGUGUUGGAGGUACGCCGGUGCCACACUCUGCGGGUGUUAUUCUUGUUUGAAAAUUUUACUUUGUGUUUUGUAUUUAUUUAUUUAUUUUGAUUGUUGUGCGUACGUCCAAUGCCGGCCCAAUAUUAUCGAUGGCCACCAGACAGAACAUUGAGAUUUAUCGUGGUUGGGAUAAAUUGUGAUCUGUGUAUUUUAAAAGUCAAUUAAACAUUUUUCGAUGUUCUUCUUCAUUGAAUAGAUGCAUAAGCGGAGAGCAUGUGGGUAUUAUGAGCGUGUAAUAACUGUGAUAUAGCGCGCAUGAUCAGGUGACUGUGAUUGGUUUGCGUACUUACCCCCUCCAUCGGCUGCUAGUUUCCUUCCAGAGUGCCUCGCCUACGCUGAUGGGACGUGACUUGGACAGUGUAUACUCCAUUGUUUAGCGCGGAUUAUUCAAAUUUUUAGCGCUCUUUCAUUCGGUCCGGUUAGUCUAGUUUUUUAGUAGAAAUCUAUAGACAUAUAUUCUACAUGUAUUCGACUGAUCAUCACUUAUUAGCUUUAAUUGUUUAGUUUUUUUAUUUAUUUCGAUUUUCGGGCGACAGUAUUAGGUGAUGCAGCUCACGACUGGUUACCAAUCGUUUUACUUUUGCAUUUGUAUAUCAUUGUGUGGUAUACAGGUUGUGAACACUGAAAAUUAGUUUACUAUACUGGGCAAGACUUGAAACAACUUUCCUUUGAUGAGCUCUUAAAUAUAAAGUAAUUCUAUCCUAGUGGGAUUUUAGGUAGUUAGCAUUCUUUCAAUGAUGUUAAUAAUCCAGACUUUAGGUCUCACCGUGUUAGUAUUUAAAUGUCUAAAUACUAAGUCAAUAUUUUUAUAAAAAAAACUAAUGUAGAACGAAAGUGAAAUGAUUUGUAUAGAGUCAGAUAUUGCCUCAAUGCUAAACAAUGUUCAGUGUGUGCAUUGUAACGAUUGGUACAGUCACGUUCGUGUUGUGAAAUUAUAAAAUCUCAUUAGAAGAAUCCUUAGACGGGUGAAAGGAAGAAAUGGUUUUCUUAGUUCAGUCGCGUAUAUGAUAAAAUAGUGUUCUGUACCGGAACAAUAUUUAUGUGAAUUCGUCUUCACGUCCAGUGAUUUGUACGUUACUAUUUUAAUUAUGUUUAAUAUGAAAUAAUUCAUACUUGUAUCUUAUCUAUUUUUUUGUAAAUAUAAUAUAAAUUGUGCAUAUAGAUUAUUAUAUCGGAUUUAUAAAAGUGUUUAUAUUUAAGCGUAAAUUCAUCGAUAUUUCUUUAUUAGAUUGUGUUAGUUCAUCAUUUUUACUAUAACAGCAAUUUUUACAAAUUUAUAUAUAAAUAUAUGUAAUAGUUGCUUUUUUAAAAUGUGACUAUUUGUUCCUAAUAAUUAAGAUAAAAUAACAUUCAAUUCAUUCUAAUUCUGAACUAAUACAUACAGAAAAUCCACGAACACAUUUUACAUUCAAGAGGAAACUCUAUUUUUAUAUCUAAAAAUGUGAUAGUACCUUAUAAUACUGAAUUGAUUCAAAUUUCGUUAGUUCACAACAAAAUGGAACACAUUAUAAAUAUGUCCUGUAUAUAACUCCUCAGUUCACUCAAAUAAAUGUAUAUUUUUAUUGUAAUACAUAAUAUUUUCAAAUUAAAUAUAUUUAAUAUAGUCAUAUUUUAAAUUAGCUUUUAUAAUUUUUUACAUUUAAAAUAUCGAUGUCUCAAUUUUAAAAUUAAAUAUACAAAUGUUAGAUAAAGAAUAUUAUGCAGUCUGUUAAAAUACCACCUUACUUGACUCAUAUUUUAAAAGUAUACUUUUACUUUUGUACUGAUUUUUAUUAUUGUGACAUUUUUUUUAGUAGUUUACAACUUCUCUUUUAUAUUUUUGGUAAUGUGAUUGUGAAUUAAAAGCUUUUUAUAUAAAGUGUAUUGUUUAGUGA